GUGCAGCAGGUCUUAGCGGACCCUGUGUGUCGUGAGAGGACACGUGAGUGGGAAGCUGUUUCCCGGGGCUGAUGCGCGCCUGCGCAGUGCGCGGCGGCUCGGCCAAGUGUCCGCGGCGUGAAGAAGUGCAGACACGCGUCAGUCUGUGACAAGACGUGGACGGCAACACACUUCAGUGUGACAAGACACGCGUGGAUUUACCAACAUUUACAUUGAAAAGGAAAGGUGUUUUUUUUUUGUUUAUGAGACAACAAACAGAUGGAUGAAAGGAUAGAACAUUUACACGACAGACACUUCAUGGACCGCGCGGAUUUUUUGGGGGUGGACUACCCUUCUCUGUACAUGUGCAAACCCAAACGCGGCAUCAAGCGGGAGGAUGGUGGAAAGGUGCACACCAUGAUUUAUUCUAGUCGUGGAAAUCGUGAAAAACGUCCGUGGGUAACUUUUUUUCUAUCGUCCUCCCCACAGGACGCGUACAAGUUACCUCAUCGAUUAAUCGAGAAGAAGAGGAGAGAUCGAAUCAAUGAAUGCAUCGGUCAGCUGAAGGAUCUGCUUCCGGAACAUUUGAAGCUGUCGACCCUGGGCCACCUGGAGAAGGCGGUCGUCCUGGAAUUGACGCUGAAACACUUAAACGCGCUGACCGCGGUGACGGAGCAGCAGCACCAGAAGAUCGUGGCUUUGCAGAACGGGGAGAAGACGUCCGUGCACGCCGACCUGGACGCUUUUCAUUCCGGCUUCCAGACGUGCGCCAAAGAGGUCCUGCAGCACCUGAGUCAGUUCGAGAACUGGACCACGCGUGAGCAGAGCUGCACGCAGCUGGUCAAGCACCUGCACAAAGUCCUGGCCCAGGUCCAGUCGGGUGCAGCAGCGGACUGCCCGAAAGUCGACAACCAGGUCCCCGUCAUCCAGAGGACCCAAGGCGCGGGCGGGGACGUGACGGAGAACGACACGGACACGGACAGCGGGUACGGCGGAGAGGCGGAGAAGGGCGAGGGCAAGGAGUGCGAGGGAGGCGGCAAGAAAAUCAAGCAGGAGUUCGCAGACGAUCGUCCCGCCAAGAAAGCAAAGAUGAACUGGUCCUUGAACGCACCGUCGGAUGUGGCGUUCAUGAACUCUCUGAUGGGAUUAAGCGGCGUAGGACAGCAGACGCCCGUUUGCAUGCCUUUCUACUUCAUCAACCCGUCUGCCGCCGCCUCCUACAUGCCUUUUUUUGACAAGAGCACAAUGGAGAAGUGCGUCUACCCCACAGCGGGCGCCCUCGCCUCGCCCUUCCCGUGGCUCUACCCCGCACAGGCCGCGGCGGCCUUCCCGGGCUUCUCCCCCCCGUGCAAGGACCCCCCGCCGUGUGGCGACGAGGCCGAGGUCAGCUCACCUGAGGAGCGCCGGGAAAGUGACGGAAGUAACGGUGACGUCAGCGGUGCGUCACAAGAAAGUCGGGGCGACCUGCAUGACCAGUUUCCUGUUUCCUGUCAAAGCAGCUAACUUCUCUGGCAGACGUCGCGCGGUUUGUGGACACUUUAUUGUGUGGAUGCUGAGAGUCACGCACUCCACGCGUCACAGUGAGAAUCACUUGUAAUUAUAUUUUGGGUGGGCAAAUAAUUCAAUACACAUGUCUAUGACAGGGGUCCUCAAUAGUGAUAGUAAACAAACACAAAUUGCCCAAAUAAUGACAUCAUGAAGCUUUUACAAAAAAAUGCUUAUUAUUGUAAAUAUAUCGACAACGCUAAUUUAACACACACACACACACAUAUACAUAUAUAUAUAUAUAUAUAGGUGUGGGAAAAAAAUCACAAGACUACUUCAUCUCU